UCGUUACACUGGAAUUACCAAUACAACAUCAUCAUCAUCAUCCUUCUCUGCGCUUAUCCGAUUGGCCCCCAAAAUCCCUUCUUCUUUCCUUAAAUCUCUCUCUCGAUUACUCCUAAAUUCACUAAUAAUUUUCUCCGCCCAGCUCGGCAAUCAUUUUAAUUUCAUCUCUCGCAAGGGGAUAUGUUGCAUUUGUGCUUCGUUCUUAAAUCCGUUUGACCUCGUUGGAGCUGCGAAUCUUUGUUUAUUGGAGGCUUCAAGUCUCGUUUCGAUAAGUUAUCAUGACAAGCAUUAAGGAUUGGGUUUUCUCUCAAGUGAUAUCCAAGUCAGUAGGUGCCACCAGACCACUGUCAGCAUCUGAAAGUUUUUUGUCACAGGACUCGCAAAAUGAAUUGUCACAGGACGCUCAGGAUGAAGAGCUUGCUAGUAGAGGUUUUACUCGAACCAAUGCCAAUUUUAUUUCACGUCCAGUUUCAACUGAAACAUCUCAGCCAUCUAGUGAUCUUGAGAUGGAACGGAAUAACAUGCUCCCACAAGUGGAAAGUUCUUCUGGAUCUUAUCGCAGCAGUAGUGAGGAGAAGAAGAGUUUAGACCCUGUCGCCAAGGUUGAAGCUCUGAAAGUUAAAUUUUUACGUCUUGUUCGACGGCUUGGCCCAUCAGUAGAUAAUCUUACAGUGGCAAAAGUUUUAUAUCGGAUCCACCUGGCAACUUUGAUACGUGCUGGGGAAUCUGAUCUAGAAAGAGCUAACCUUAAAAGUGACAGUGCUCGGAUUAUAGCUGCUGAGCAAGAAGAAAUAGGUCAACCAGAACUGGACUUCUCUCUUAAGAUUCUUGUUUUGGGUAAAACUGGUGUUGGUAAGAGUUCCACAAUAAAUUCCAUACUUGGUGAAUCAAAGGUAGCCACGGAUGCAUUUCAGCCUGCAACAGAUCAGGUUCGUGAGAUUGUGGGAAAUGUAUAUGGCAUGAAGAUAUCAUUUAUUGACACUCCUGGCCUGUUGCCUUCUUCAACAAAUUCUGACACAAAAAAUCGGAAAAUCCUGCACUCUGUGAAGCGGUUUAUUCGUAAAUCACGCCCAGAUGUAAUCUUGUACUUUGAACGCUUUGAUUUGAUUCACAUGGGUGAUAGUGAUUUUCCAUUACUGAAGCUUGUUACAGAAAUUCUUGGUCCUGCAAUUUGGUUCAGCACCCAAAUUGUUAUGACUCAUUCCUGUGCAGCACUUCCUGAAGGUCAAAACGGGUUUCCUGUAAGCUAUGAUUCAUACGUCAGUUACUGCAAACAGGUGGUGCAACACCACAUUCAUCGGGCAACAUUGGAUACGAAGCUUGAAAAUCCUGUAAUUUUGGUGGAGAAUCAUCCUUACUGUAAAGUGGAUAACACUGGGAAAAAGGUUCUUCCUAAUGGACAGGCAUGGAUGUCCCAGUUCAUGUUAUUGUGUAUAUGCACCAAAAUACUUGGUGAUGUUAAUGCUCUUUUGCAAUUUGAAGACAGCAUACAGUUGGGACCAUUGGGUAAUACCCGAUUGCCUUCUUUACCUCAUCUGCUCUCAUCUUUACUUAAACAUCGUCUCAAACUGAGCCUGGAUGGAGCAGAUUGUGAACUUGAUGAACUCUCUCUCUCCGACAUGGAGGAUGAAGAUGAGUACGAUCAGUUACCUCCUAUCCGUAUUCUGACUCAUGCUCAGUUCCAAAAGUUAGAACCUUCUCAGAAAAAGGAUUAUCUUGAUGAGUUGGAUUACAGGGAGACCCUUUACAUGAAGAAACAGCUGAAAGAAGAAUGCAUCAGAAGAAAGCAGAAAGGUGAUGUUGUAGCCUCUGAUGAUAACCCCGACGAUCAACCUGGAUCUCCCGAGGCAUUUGAGCUACCAGAAAUGGCUAUCCCACUGAGUUUUGAUUCGGAUUCCCCCGUGCAUCGAUUCCGCUGUGUUGUCACGAGGGACCAGUCAUUGGCGAGGCCGGUUCUGGAUCCUCAUGGAUGGGACCAUGAUGUAGGCUUUGAUGGAAUCAACAUUGAGAUGGCUUCGGAAGUAAAUAAGAAUGUGAUUACCUGUGUUGCAGGACAGAUGAGCAAGGACAAACAAGACUUCAACGUGCAGUGUGAAUCAACGGCGGCUUUCUUAGACCCUAGAGGGCCCAUCUAUGCCAUAGGUCUUGAUGUCCAAUCCGCCAAUAAGGAAUUGAUAUAUACACUUCGAAGCAACGCAAAGCUAAAGAGUUCCAACUGCAACGUUGCUGAAUGUGGCGUCUCUGUGAUGUCUUUUGGGGACAAGUAUUACUACGGUGCCAAGAUUGAAGACAGUAUCUUCACCAAAAAGAGGCUGAACUUGAAGAUGAACGUUGGUGGGAUGACGAAUGUUGGGCAAGUGGCUUAUGGUGGAACGAUUGAAGCCACUUUGAAGGGGAAGGACUACCCUGUGAGAGACGAGAAAGUGAUUCUAUCCAUGUCGAUUCUCUCUUCCGGAAAAGAGAUGGUGCUGGGUGGGAAUGUACAAUCCGACUUUAGAGUGAGCCGUGGCACAAGAAUGUCAGUGAACGCCAAUAUGAACAGCCGAAAAAUGGGUCAGGUAAGUGUGAAGGUAAAUAGCUCCGAGCAUAUGGAAGUAGCUUUGAUUGCUCUUAUCUCGGUGCUAAGAAGCCUGAUGAAGAAAAAGUCAUGUAAAGAACCUCGGGAAAUAGGGUGAUAUUUGUAGCUAACAUCGAUGAUCGAUGUUUUUGGCAAGCAUCUUUGAGACUAACUUUCGCCAUGCAUAGAUGAAAAAGAGAAAAAAAAGAAAGAAAAAGAAACUGCAAAUGUGAUGUUGACAGGCGAUAGAGAUGAUCUCUGUGCAGAAGUUAUUCAAUUUUGUUAGCUGUGAUGAGAAGAUUUUGUUGGAGAAAAUCGUUGUACGAAAUACAAUAGGAAAACUUUGAUGUAUCUUUUGUUUUCCUUUGUUUAUGGAGUGGGCAUCAUUCGCAAAAAUGGACAGAGGAAAUUUAGGAGUUUAUAUAAAAUAAAAAUGUUUCUUUGCA